AACAUUUCCUCUUGCUUUGGAUGUCGGCUCUGGAAGAGGUUACAUAGCUCAACAUUUAACCAAGGAAACCGUUGAAAAAUUUAUUCAAGUUGAUAUUGCAGAGAAUGCUUUAAAAAAUGCCAGAGAAUCUGAAAUCCCUACGAUCAGUGUUGUAGCUGAUGAGGAAUUCCUUCCUUUCAAAGAAGAUACAUUUAAUCUUGUUGUUAGCAGCUUAAGUUUACAUUGGGUGAAUGAUCUUCCUAGAGCUUUUAGAGAGAUUCACCAAGUUCUUAAGCCAGAUGGAGUGUUCAUUGGUGCUAUGUUUGGUGGAGACACUCUGUAUGAGCUUCGUUGCUCUUUGCAGCUGGCAGAAUUGGAGAGAGAAGGGGGAUUUUCUCCUCAUGUAUCACCAUUCACUGCUGUCUCUGAUUUGGGACAUCUGCUGUCGAGAGCUGGAUUUAACACCCUGACUGUGGAUACUGAUGAAAUUCAAGUCAACUACCCAGGGUUGUUUGAGGUUAUGGAAGACUUGCAAGGUAUGGGGGAGAGUAAUUGCUCUUGGAAUAGAAAACCUCUGCUACACAGGGAGACGAUGUUGGCAGCUGCUGCAAUAUACCGAGAAAUGUACGGAAAUAGCGAUGGUUCAGUACCUGCCACCUUUCAGAUCUACUACAUGAUUGGCUGGAAAUUCCACGAAUCGCAGGCAAAACCAGCCCAGAGAGGUUCUGCAACAGUUUCAUUUGGAGAUCUGGCAAAAAUACGUGGCCUUCCUUCAAAAGGAAAAAAAUAG